AUGGCUUAUACUGAAAUUUCCACUAUUGAACGAUUAUUUUCCAGUUCGCUAAUUAAAGUGGUUAGUAGUCAAGCGCCACGUAAAUUAAUAGUAUGUCAUUUCAUGAGAGGUACAGAAAUAUUAUCAUACUCAUUUGUCAAUACCAUUCUUGCUGUUAAACUUAAUCGUUCGAGACUUGUCGUUUGUUUGGAAGAAAGUAUUUAUAUUCAUAACAUGUGUGAUAUGAAAUUAUUGCAUACAAUACGUGAUAUACCGUCAAAUCGUGAUGGUCUUUGUGCAUUAUCAAUCAGUGAUGAAAAUCCUUAUUUAGCAUAUCCAGCAACUACAGUAACCGGUGAAAUACAAAUAUUCGAUACAGUCAAUUUAAAACCUGGUAUCCUUAUAGCUGCUCAUAAAAGUCCACUUGCUGCAAUGGCAUUUGAUAUGGCCGGUGCUAAAAUAGCGACGGCAUCGAAUAAAGGAACAGUUAUUCGUAUUCAUAGUAGUAUUGAUGGUUUGUGUCUCUUUGAAUUUCGUCGUGGAGUUCGAAGAGUUGCAACUGUCUAUUCAUUAGCAUUCAGUCCUGAUUCCAUGUAUUUAGUAGCAUCAAGUAAUACAGAAACAAUACAUAUAUUUCUAUUAGUCAAUCAAGAAGAAAAACCUCCAGAAGUAGCAAGUUCAUGGAUGAAUUCAUUUAGUCGUAUGUUCGGUGGCGUGGCAUAUUAUUUACCGAAACGUACAGCAGAAGUUUUAACACAAGAUCGUGCAUUUGCAAGUGUACAUUCACAAUCAGCAAGAACAAAAACAACCGUUGCAAUGAAUAUUUUUAAUAAAACAUUAAAAUUAUUUGUUGCUGGUUAUGAUGGUGUUUUGUCUGUUUAUGAAGUCAAUACGAAUGAAGGUAGAGAAUGUAAACAAAUCAGUCAACAUCUUCUAUUUAAUAUGACUCAAAAUUUAAGUAAUAUGCAAACAAUAACAACGAAUGAUCGACAAAAUUCACUUGGAGGUUCCAAACAACUUUAUCCAAAAAAUACGAUACGAAAUGAAAAUCAUUCUAUUUCAGUUUCAUCGAAACUAACAAAUGAAAAACCGUCGAAUGAUCAGCCCUUUUCUACUGCAGUGGACGACAAGGAUUUUCCCAAAUUGCCAUUACCACCAAAAUAUGACGACGAAUAA